CCGGGCCGGGCGGUCCCGUGGCGCUGGGGCGGGGCGGGCUCGGGCCGGCGGGGCCGGGGCUCCCCCGCCCGGACACAGAGGGCCGCGCUCGUCCCGCGCUGUACCCGGUGCCCCGCUCCGUCCCUGCCUCCGCCCCGGUGUAACGGGGACGGGCAGCACCGCCCCCACGGCCCGGCCGGCGGCGGGUCCCGGGCCCGUGUCGGAGGGACCUGCUCGGCCCCGCAGGAUGUCCCAGCCGCCCUCCAUCACCCUCCACGUCCCCGAGGGCACCGAGAGCGAUGGCCAGGAGCCGAGCCCGGACAGCGAGAGAGCCCUGCACACCUCCUUCCACCAGCUUAUCCUGGAGCAGAGCAGCUUGAUCGAGGCAGGUCUGGAGCUGGAGAUGAAGGAGAGGGACAGAGAGUCCCCAGCCUGCCUGGCUCCCCCAGAUGCCUGUGCCGCGGCCUGGCCAGAGCCAGGGCAGGGUGAGCAGUGCCCUGGCUACUCCUCUGCCUCCCUGCAGAUCCUGGCCAGCAUGCCCAGCCGCACCAUCGGAUGCAGCCUCGGGGCCAUCAUCUCCCAGUACUGCAACCGUACGGCCCGGCUGCGGCGCCGGAGCAGCCGCCCGCCCCUGCAGCAGCUGUGCCGUGCGGCGCGGCCCAGCCUGCGGCAGUACGACCUGGACACUGACCCCGACAGGGCCACGCUGGAAGACAAGUGGAGCCUGCUGGUGAAGGAGCUGCUGAGCCUCUCGCCCUACCAGCGCAGCCAGAUGCUGCUCACUUUGCCCAUCAGCCUGGCAGAGAAACGCACCCUCCGGCGGCAGGUGAACAGGCAGAGGGGCCUCCUGAGGCAGCGUGCCCAGCACUGGGCCCCCUCCUCGCCCUGUGGAUGGUCCAUCGUCUACAUCGGCCUCGGCUGCCGAGGUCUCUGGUACAGGCUCCUCUCCCUGCUCCGCACCGCGCAGCCCUGGCACUACACCUUGAAGCAAAUCAGUGGCCGCUUUGGCUCCAGCGUCCUCUCCUACUUCCUCUUCCUCAAGACGCUCCUUAUGUUCAACUUCUUCUCAUUUCUCAUCCUCCUGGCCUUCGUGGUGGCCCUGCAGGCUGUGUACCCCCCUACCUCGGCCAGCCCCCCCCCCUUCACCGGCCUGGAGCUCCUCACAGGAGCGGGCUACUUCACACACUCACUGCUGUACUAUGGCUACUACAGCAACGUCACCCUCAAUGACCCCUGCACCCCUGGCUCCAAGGGCAGCGCGUGCCCCCCCGCAGCCCCCCCGUUCCCGUACAACAUGCCGCUGGCCUACCUGUUCAGCGUUGGGGUCUCCUUCCUCGUCACCUGCAUCCUGCUGGUGUACUGCGUGUCCUGCUCUUUUCGGGAGAGCGUGGGAAGCUCCAUGGGGGACCUGGCUGUCAAAGUCUUCUGCGCCUGGGACUUCAAGGUGAUCCAGAGGCGCUCAGUGAAGCUGCAGUGUGAGAACUUCUGCACCCAGCUGAAGGAGCUGCUGGCAGAGCAGCGCUCCCGCUCCCACUCCCAGAGCCUCUGCCAGCGCCUGAGGCACUGCAUCGUGGUACUCCUGGCCUGGACCCUGGCACUGGGCUCGGUGCUGGGCUGCACACUGGCUGUGCACCACUUGUCUAAGCACAUGCAUGUGGUUCAGCAGGAGCAGCGAGCACAGGGCAGUGGCAGGUGGCAGCAGGAAGCCAUCCUGCUGGUCCUGCCCCUCGUGGUAUCCCUCCUCAAUGCACUGAUGCCCCACCUGUACAACUUGCUGGCGAUGUGGGAGAAGCAGGACUCCCCUGUGACACAGGUCUACGUGGCCAUCUGCAGGAACCUCAUUCUGAAGAUGGUGGUCCUCAGCCUGCUGUGUUUCCAGUGGCUCAGCCGGAGUGUUGUCUGCUCAACAGAGGAGUGCUGGGAGACAUGUGUGGGGCAGGACCUUUAUCGCUUUGUGGUGAUGGAUUUCAUAUUCACCUUGCUAGACACGCUCUUUGGGGAGCUGGUGUGGAGGCUGAUCCUGGAGAAGAGGCUGAGGCAGAGGCCCGAGUUUGACAUUGCCCGAAAUGUGCUGGAGCUGAUCUACGGGCAGACCCUGACCUGGCUGGGCAUUCUCUUUGCUCCACUCCUGCCGGCCGUGCAGAUGCUGAAGCUGCUGCUGCUGUUCUAUAUCAAAAAGACCAGCCUGAUGCGGAACUGCCAGUCCCCCAGCAAGCCCUGGCAAGCGUCGCAUAUGAGCACCAUUUUCAUCACCCUGCUUUGCUUCCCCUUCUUCCUGGGUGCAACCAUCUUCCUCUCCUACACCAUCUGGUCGGUGCAGCCAUCAGAGAUGUGCGGACCCUUCCGGGGGCUAGAAACCAUCUACAAAUCAGGGAAGAGCUGGGUGCUAGUGCUGCAGAAGUCCAACCCCAACAUCACUUGGUUUGCCUGGGUCCACCAGCACCUGGUGGAGAACACCUUCCUCCUGUUCUUCACGUCCGGGGCCCUCCUAGCUGUGAUCUACUUCUACAUCCAAGUGGUGAGAGGCCAGCAGAGGGUCAUCUGCCUGCUCAGGGAGCAGAUCGCCAAGGAGGGGGAAGAUAAGAUAUUUCUCAUGCAGAAGCUUCACUCCGUUUAUGAGCAGCGAGAGAGACGUGCCUGAGGCCCAGGUAAGGCUGGCAUGAAGGGCUGGAUCUGUCCAUCACAAUACUGUGCUGGAAGCUGCAGGACCACAGGAUGCUGGGGAAGAUCCUCCCUGCUUGCUGUGGCCAAGGACCCAUUGAGGCAUGUCAAUAGGAAUGCCAUGGCACAGGGAUGCAGGUGCUCCUGCUUCCUGGAGCUGCUGGGAUGCAGCAUGUGCAGAACUAGGACUGCUGUCACACCCCAGGGCACAGCUCCAGGUGGGGCUGCCUCACCAGCACAGCCCUGCUCUGUGGGUGGUCACUGCUUGCAGAGAACAGCUCUCCAGCUCUUCUCCCUACCAGCACACUGGCCCCAUGGAGAAUGGCCCUGGGCUGUUUUCAGAAUCCUUUGGAGACAGCAGAGCUUUCUGGAUGGAGAAACCUGCAGCCCAUUUCACGUUGUCCAGGGCCAGCAAGGAUGGAACUGGGAGCUGCCAGGCACUGACAGGGCUGACCCAGCUCCAGCCCUGUGCCUGGCUCACCAGGAGAGCAGCUGUCUGAUCCCAGUCCCACGAAAAAGGCCUCUGGGCCACCCCAGCAGCCCUACACACACUGCACCAGCUGGCAAGACGGACUCAGAAGAACCACUGUGGUGCUGGGCUGAGCAGGGACCCCGUGGGCUCAGGCUGACCUGGCCCAUUAAAGUGCUGCUGCACAGGA